GAAUCAGUGUUUACGUAUAUAAGAUACGUUUUAUCUAGAUCAUAUCUUUAUUUUUCAAUUUUAAUUCUAAUUAAGAAAAUUAUGGUGCUACGUUGAAAUUUAACAAGUAGAUCAGCGUCUGCAAACAAAAAGUAGUACCCUAAAGCAGAGGAAAACAUUUACGAGGUUUGACCACAUUAACUAGAAAAGAUGUUCAAUCUACAAAAAUAUGGACUAAAUUGAUGAAGCUACACGGCUUUAAUGCCUCCUACAUAGUACGUCAUCAUUUUCUAUACUUUUAUUAGUAUUUUAUUUAAUAAUCCUUACACAUUUUGUCAUCAUGAACAGAAUAAAGAAUAAUACUAGAAUGCCAAGGAAUUCCGAAAGUACAAAUGAGACCGAUGUACACGCAGAUGUGUGCAGACUCAUUGCGAAUUCGAACAAACCGCCUGAACCUAAAUAUGAAAACUCUUGGACUGCAGGCGUUCAAAUGUUCGUGUCGUUUCUGCUCGCCGGAUAUGGAAUGGUUGCAGCCAGUUUAUUACUUGAUAAAGUACAACAUUGGAAUGUCUUUCAAGUAGUAUCAGAAGUAUACAUUUUAGUUCCAGCUCUGUUAGGUUUAAAAGGAAACUUAGAAAUGACUCUAGCAUCAAGACUGUCUACACACGCUCAUUUAGGACACAUUGAUAACAAUCUUGGGUCAUUGAUUGUGGGAAACAUGUGCCUCAUUCAGUGUCAAGCGGUUCUUGUUGGGUUUUUAGCUGCUAUGGCCGCAGUGGCUAUGGGUUGGAUACCUGAUGGCCAGUUUGAUAUCCAUCAUGCCAUGUUACUAUGUGCUUCAAGUGUCUUAACAGCUUCAUUUGCAAGUCUGGUGCUUGGUUUAAUAAUGAUUGGUGUGAUAGUGCUUUCUAAACAGAUGGACAUAAAUCCUGAUAAUGUAGCUACACCUAUAGCAGCAAGUUUAGGUGAUUUAACAACAUUAGCACUGUUAUCUUGGAUAGCAUCUCUCUUACACAGGACAAUAGGUUCAAGUAUAUUAUUGCCUUCUAUAAUCAUAAUUGGUGGUUUAAUUCUGGUGCCAGUUUGUGGAUACAUAGCGUAUGAGAAUAAAUUCACAAGACAAGCUUUAGAUGAGGGGUGGGUUCCUGUGGUGUCUGCAAUGGUUAUAAGUAGCGCAGGUGGAUUAAUUUUGGACUACACUGUGUCAAAUUAUUCAGGUAUUGCAGUGUUUCAAUUGGUUAUUAAUGGGAUCGGUGGUAACAUGGUAGCAGUCCAUGCAUCUAGACUUUCAACAUCACUGCACACUGGACAGAAAAUGGAUUCAGUUUUGAGCAAUACUACAAAGCUACUAAUGGUUAUGGUUAUCCCGAGUCAACUGAUAUUUAUUCAUACUAUUGAAUAUUUGAAAGCUGGCCAUACUUCUUUAACUCCAAUCUUUAUUCUCAUUUAUAUGUCUGCUGCUCUCCUGCAGGUGUUUCUCUUACUAACAAUAAGUCACUACAUGGUAGUGGGGAUGUGGAAAUUAGGUAUGGAUCCUGAUAAUUCUGCAAUACCAUAUUUAACAGCAUUAGGUGACCUUUUAGGUACAGCAUUAUUAGGUAUAGCCUUCCAUGUUUUAUAUGCUAUUGGUGAUAAAGAUAGUGAUUUAGGUGAUUAAUAUUUACUCAGUAUUAUACUGAAUGCUCAAAUUAUAUAAAAAGACUUGUAUAUAACUACUUGACGAAUCUGUAAUACUGUGCCAUUUGUGUUUUUUCAAUGUUUAUUAAAUGUCUACAUUUUA